GCUCUGAAACCCCUGCGGCGGUGGUUCUCGUUCGAUGCGUUCGCUUGCAGUUCGGAGCUGUCACUCUCAUCGCUGCGGAUCCGUAGCAUCUCGACGAAGACUUGGAGCGAGCUCGGGAUAGCGAUUCUCGCACCGGAAGGCAGCGACCAUGAUGCUGGGAGCCGGGACAUCUCUGGUGGCGAGCAGUUCCACGCAAAUUGCUGGAUUUCCCAGAAGCCUGUUUGUGCUGCCGAAGAGCAGUGUUAAGGCAGCGAGAAUGGAGAGAUCGGGGAUUUGUGGGGCCGUCAUCAAGGCUUCCGCAGAAACCUUGAAAGCUGCUGCUGCGGAAGAAGGGAAGAAGGAAACGAAGCUCUGGGGUGGUCGUUUUGAGGAAAGCGUCACCCCGGCUGUUGAGAGGUUCAGUCAGUCUGUCUCGUACGACAAGAAGUUAUAUAAGCAGGAUCUGAGGGGGAGCCGCGCCCAUGCUCAGAUGCUCGCGAAGCAGGGUCUCAUAAGCCAAGAGGAUUGUGACACGAUUUUGAAAGGUCUCCUCGAGAUUGAAGGUAAAAUCGAAAGGGAGGAAUUUGUUUGGAGAGCCGAUAGAGAAGAUGUGCACAUGAACGUGGAAGCCGCCCUCAUUGAUCUUGUCGGGGAACCUGCGAAGAAACUGCAUACAGCCAGGAGUCGAAACGACCAGGUUGUGACUGAUGUACGGUUAUGGUGUCGAGACGCAGUUGACGAGAUCGUGAGUCACAUUCAUCGGCUGCAGGAUGCACUCUUGACGCUAGCAGUGUCAAACGAGGGUGUCAUUGUACCGGGUUACACUCAUCUGCAAAGAGCACAGCCUUUACUUUUGCAACACCUAUUGCUUGCAUUCGUAGAACAGCUGGAGCGUGAUGCCGGGCGUCUACUUGACUGUCAAAAACGUCUGAAUUUCUCUCCUCUUGGAGCAUGUGCUCUCGCCGGGACAGGUCUUCCAAUUGAUCGCUUUGAGACUUCGAAAACUCUGGGAUUCACUUAUCCUCUUCGUAACAGUGUAGAUGCUGUAUCUGAUCGAGAUUUUCUUAUAGAGUUCAUGUCUGCCAAUGCCAUAAUAGCUGUCCACCUUUCACGUUUGGCCGAGGAGUGGGUCCUGUGGGCGACGGAAGAAUUUGGGUUCUUGGUGCCUAGUGACGCAGUAUCUACGGGAAGUAGUAUAAUGCCGCAGAAAAAGAAUCCUGACCCCAUGGAGCUCGUUCGCGGAAAAUCAGCCCGUGUAAUUGGUGAUUUGACGACAAUCCUUGUCUUGUGCAAGGGCCUACCCCUUGCAUACAACCGCGAUCUGCAGGAAGACAAGGAGCCCUUGUUUGAUAGUGUUGAGACGACUAUCGGGGUAUUGGAAGUGACUACCGAAUUUGCUCAAAAUGUGACAUUCAACAAGGAAAGGCUAGCGAAGUCUCUGUCCGCGGGCCACUUAGACGCUACAACCAUGGCGGACUAUCUUGUUUACAAAGGAAUUCCGUUUCGGACUUCACACGAUAUAGUGGGAAGGGCAGUAGCGCUGGCUGUCUACAAGAAAGUAGAACUCUCACAACUUUCACUAGACGAGUUUCGGAGUAUAAAUCCAAUUAUUGAUGAGGAGGUAUACUCGUUUCUUGGAUCAGAGAAUUGUAUCAAUAAGUUCCAGUCGUAUGGGUCAACCGGGGUUUCUUGUGUCGCAGAACAAAUUGAUUACUGGUGUCAAAAGCGCAAUUUGCCAUCUGGAUCUGAAAAGAAGAAUUAAGUUUCUUCUGAGUUGAGUCACCUUUCUCUUUAAGCCUCAUGUGGUCAAAUUUUGUUAGCUGGUAAGGUAGGAAUGAGAGUGGGUCCUUUUGGGCUCCUUGAAAUUGUUAUUUACCCAGUUAUUCUGGUGAGUUCAUUAUGUAAAAUUAUUUAUCCAUAAAUUUUUGAGGUGUCUUA